AUGGCGGGAAGCGCAGAGUCCCAGAAUAACCUCGUAGAGGAGUCGCUCGAUGGCAAUAGGGUGAACCUCAUGCAGCAGACUUAUCAGAUGCUGGGCAUGCAAGCAAACUAUCUGGACGUCAGUAACAGCAUGGUGGAAAUGAGUACCGAAGCCUUGUACCCAUUCCACCGCAAUGCAGCAGGCGACUUUUGGACCUCAGCCUCCGUUCGCGAUCACACGGUUUUCGGCUCCACGUAUCCAGAGUUCCUUGGGCUCUCCGCAACGGACAGUAUGGUUGGUAGAGUGAACGCACUGUACGGAGGAAGUGCAACGUCACGGUUUUCAUGGGAGGCCGCACGCGGCGAACAACAUAUUGCCAGUUCCCAGAGCAGCGAUGUCCUGUACCAGUACUCCGCGGUCAUACGUGGGCAACACAUAGGUCCUGGGGGUGUUUCCAAGGUUUUCGUCUUCCUAGACGCAACCUUGAAGACCAACACCGGAACUUCGAGUACUCACGCAUGGAUGUCGGAGCCUGGGUUCGUUGGAUAUGCAGGUUUCCAGAAUGCCGUUGGCCAGGCGAAGACCGAGAUGCAGACCAAUGGCGUGGUUGCAUUGACAGCGGCGCUGGAAGACCGGAUGCGCAUGGGUGAACUGCGCAGUAUGGAUGAAAUUGUUGUUGGAACAUAUCUGCAGGAGAAGCUACAUUGGUUGCUUGUAAAUGCCAAUGACAAUGUCACUGCCCCUGAGGAUGCGCCAGACUUCUCGAUUGGCGUAUCGUGGGCGAGAGUAACGCCAGGCACGGCAAGCACGCUGCCUGCAGUCCUGGGUAGCGGCUUCCAGCAGUUGCCACAUGCUACGAUGGGCAAGGCGGGUGGAGUGCAAUGA